AGCAACACAAGCGUAAUCAGCGACAAGCAAGCCGCACAUAGUAAUGUCGUUGCCGGAGCUCGCACACGACGAGGUGGAGCAUUGCGUGCUGUUCUCGAAUGCAGCCUCGUACGCCAUCCAGGCGCUGCUAGGCCUCAUUGCUAUCGCCACACUCUGGUACAAGCGCCACGUCGAGCGUCCUCGGCGGCCACUACAGAUUUGGAUGCUGGAUGUCGGCAAGCAGAUGAUCGGCGCUUCCACGGGCCACUUCAUGAAUCUCUUCGUGUCGAUUCAGAUGCCGCCUGUGACGGAUGAGUGCGCUUGGUACUUCCUCAAUUUUCUCAGCGACUGUACACUUGGCAUGAUCGUGAGCCUCGCGUUCCUGCGGCUACAGCAAGAGCUUGCCUUCUCUAUGAACUGGGUCAAUAUCCAGGAGAGCGGUGAAUAUGGAAAUCCGCCGUCGUACCGUGUGUGGGCGAUGCAGCUGAUCGCGUGGCUGGUGAUCAUCGUCAUCUCCAAGGCCAUCGUCGUGUCCGUCAUGAUCGCAGCUGCAACGCCCCUCGGUUUCUUAGGCGAAUUGCUCUUCCACUCGCUGCGAGGAUAUCCGUUCGCAGAAUUGGUGCUCGUGAUGAUUGUGUGCCCGAGUUUUCUGAAUGUUGUGCAGUUCUGGAUCCAAGACAGCUUCCUCAAGCGCGAUGUCAGCGUGUUGCCGACUGCGUACGCGCGGUUUCGGCACUCGUUCGAAGAGUCCUUGCAGACCAACCUGCUAUCCCAUUCGCAUGAAUAG